AUGUCCUUGGAAAAAGAAGCCCUAUCUACCAUCCCAAUAUGGGUACACUUACCAGCCUUACCAAUGGAGUAUUGGGGUGAAAGAUGCAUAAGGAAGAUUGCCGGGCUACUAGGGAAUGUACUUAAAAUAGACAACGCAACAAAGAACAAGGAUAGACUAAUGUAUGCUAGAACCCUCGUGGAAACGGACAUAAGAAAAGGCCUACCGGAUGAGGUGUUCUUCACAAAUGAAUAUGAUGAACUGAAACCACCAAGAAGAGAAUGGGUGAAUAAAGAAAGCCAAAAAGAUCAGACUAAAGCACAAAUCAAACAACACCAUGACAAUAGUGAGACCUGUGAAACCAUGGCAAUACAAUCUCCAGAAGGAAAUAUUGAAUCAGAGAGUCAAUGCACCACGAUUACUGAACCCAGGGGCGAGCCACAUAAGACACUACAGCAGGGAAAGAACGUUAGGGGGUUAAAUAAGGCCAAUAAGCAAGCUGAAGUGGUCCAUUUUAUCGCUAACCACAUAAGCCUAUUUAGCCUCUUGGAGACGAAAGUAAAGCGGCAAGGAAUUGGUGCCCUUUACCAAAUAAUUUGUCCGUCUUGGUGUAUAACGUACAACCUAGCUCUCCAAAAGGGAGGUAUGAUUAUAGUAGCCUGGAGAGCCGAGGAAAUGAAAGUAGACAUACGGUUUGUUAGCAGCCAAAUCAUCCAUUUGAUUGUCAACCCUAAUGUAGGUGAUAACUUUAAUUGCUCCUUUGUUUAUGGUGCAACUGACAAGAAGGAGAGGGGUAUCAUGCUUACUGAGCUUGAGAAUAUAGGCACAACCGUGACAGGGCCUUGGAUAGUCAUGGGGGAUUUCAACUACAUAGCCAAUCUUAAUGAGAGGAUAGGUCAAAAAUCACGUCUUCAUGAAAUAGAACCUCUUCGAAGAUGCAUGGUGAACUGCGACAUCCACGACAUGAAAAGUACAGGGCGAUUUUUUACUUGGUCAAAUAAGCAAAGAGGAAAUGCCAGAGUUUUAAGCAAGAUUAAUAGAGAGUUGGAAAACUCAGCUUGGUAG